ACUUUAUCGGCGCUGCCAACGCGUUCGAUCCGAGAGGGUCUAUACCCACGCCGCCCCCUAGUGGACAGAACAGCGACGAUGGGGCAGACGGCAACGCCGGCCGAAAACGAGAUUAAGUUUGCAACUUCUUGCCAUGGUCCGCCAGGAGAUCAUCGUCUAGAGCAUAGAAAUCGCAAUGUAUCUGCGCACUAGCCGCUCUGCUCAGACUCGACUCGCCUUUGUGACGACUCAAUGUCUGCGGGUGUCUCCUUGUGACGGUGUCCUCGAGAAUUUUCCUCGGUUGGUCUGGCCAUCUGCAGCGCCUAAAUCAAUUGAGUCCACGAUCGGCCAAAGGCUCACCACGCCUAGUCCAUCCGAGGGUGCCACUUGCUUGAGCUCUAUCGUGACUGCGGGUGCCGAAAGGCGUGCAGACCUUUGCUUGCAAGGCAAUCAUGUGAAUCCAGAUCCCCGUGGACUUGAGUCACGCGACAAGAGGCGGGGGACGCCGACCCCCAGGCAGGCAGCCCUAAGUGAUGGGCUCAUUGCGCCGCGAGGCUCCACGAAGAGAGACGGAUGCAUGCUCGACUUCCCACACCAUGUCUCACGUAUGCAGAUCCGACCGCGUGGUCAGCAGAAGUUCAUGCCGCGUAGCUCGUGAUUCGAAUCCACAUCCGUCCCCUUGCUCAGCACGUCUUCGGAUCCGCCUGCGGCUAUGCGCCAAAGCAAGGAACACUCACAACCGAGC